AUGUCUGCUGCUGGCUCUGCUGCUUGGAGACAGGCCUCCCGUGUCUGCUCGAGGCGUCUGUCCUCCCACGGUGCCUGGGCUGCCCCUCGCCGCGCCCUUGCCACCCCCGGCGUGCGCUCCUAUGUCACCGAGACCAAGGCCGGACAAGCCCAGGUCAACGUCGAGACCGCUAUCAAGGAGGAACAAAAGUCGUUCAUGAAGCAGACCGGUGUUGCGCCCCAGAAUGCCACCUUGCCCGCCUCCGGAACCUCCGCCGAUGCCGCCAUGAGCCCGUCCGCCGGUAUCCUCAAGCAAGCUACCGUGAUGGACCAGGGAACUCGUCCCAUCUACCUCGACAUGCAGGCGACCACCCCGCUCGAUCCCCGUGUUCUCGACGCCAUGCUGCCCUACCUCACCGGUAUCUACGGUAACCCCCACUCGCGCACGCACGCUUACGGUUGGGAGUCCGAGAAGGCUGUUGAGGAGGCCCGUGAGCAUAUCGCCAAGCUCAUCGGUGCCGACCCGAAGGAGAUUAUCUUCACCAGCGGCGCGACCGAGAGUAACAACAUGAGUUUGAAGGGUGUUGCCCGCUUCUUUGGCCGCUCGGGAAAGAAGAAGCACAUCAUCACGACCCAGACUGAGCACAAGUGUGUUUUGGAUAGCUGUCGGCAUUUGCAGGACGAGGGCUUCGAGGUGACCUACCUGCCCGUCCAGAGCAACGGUCUCAUCCGGAUGGAGGACUUGGAGGCUGCUAUGCGCCCGGAGACUGCGAUUGUCAGUAUCAUGGCGGUGAACAACGAGAUUGGUGUGAUCCAGCCCAUGGAGCAGAUCGGCAAGCUGUGCCGGUCCAAGAAAGUCUUCUUCCACACCGACGGUGCCCAGGCCGUCGGAAAGAUUCCUCUGGAUGUGAACAAGUUGAACAUUGAUCUCAUGUCCAUCUCCAGUCACAAGAUCUACGGCCCCAAGGGUGUUGGUGCCUGCUACGUCCGCCGCCGCCCUCGUGUCCGUCUGGACCCCAUCAUCUCGGGUGGUGGCCAGGAGAGAGGUCUUCGUAGUGGAACUCUGGCUCCCCACUUGAUUGUUGGUUUUGGCGAGGCUUGUCGCCUUGCCGCGCAGGAUAUGGAGUAUGACACCAAGCACGUUGAGCGUCUCUCCAAGCGCCUAUCCGAGAGCCUGCUCGCCAUGGAGCACACCACCCUGAACGGUGACCCCGAGCACCACUACCCUGGCUGUGUGAACAUCUCGUUCGCCUACGUCGAGGGUGAGUCUCUUCUGAUGGCCCUCAAGGACAUUGCCCUGUCUUCCGGUAGUGCCUGCACUUCUGCCUCCCUGGAGCCCAGCUACGUCCUGCGUGCCUUGGGCAGCAGCGACGAGAGCGCUCACAGCAGUAUCCGCUUCGGUAUUGGCCGAUUCACCUCCGACGCCGAGAUUGACUACGUUCUCAAGGCUGUCCAGGAUCGCGUGCACUUCCUGCGUGAGUUGAGUCCUCUUUGGGAGCUGGUCCAGGAGGGCAUUGACCUGAACACGAUCGAGUGGAGCCAACACUGA